AUGAGGCUCAAAGAGGCUCAAGUGAUUGAACUUAAAGGGAGAUCGCUCAAGGACAUCCUGGUCAAGAAUAGAUGUUUUGAUUCGGUGUGUGGACAUCGUAACUGUAUCAUCUGUGAAAAAUUCGGUAUCGGUAAAUGUAACACAAAAGGUGUUAUUUAUCAAAUUACUUGUAAAUGUGGAGAAUUUUACGUUGGAGAGACUGGAAGAACAUUUGAAAGUAGAUUUGCGGAACACCGUCGAGCAUGUGAAAAACCGCUCACAAAAUCAUACAGUAAUUCAGUUUGGGCAAAACAUUCGAUGGAAAAGCAUAAAGGGGAGGCUCUGAUCAUAGAUGUUGACAUUUUGGAUGUUGAGAACAACACUUCCCGAAGGAAAAUACUCGAAGGUAUUCUGAUCAAACACCUCAGUCCGACUUUGAAUUGCAAGGAAGAACUUUCGGAGAUGAUAUCGAAGAUUGGAACAUUAACAUUACCACAAAUAUCUCCAAAAAAUAUCCAAAAAAUAUCCAAAAAACCAACUUUAAAUAAUCAAAAAACACAUCUAAAAAAUUGA